AUGCUUUUCAUGAUCACACAAGCUAAACAACCCACGUCAAUCUUGCAAAGAUUUACGUCAGAUGAUAUAGACAUACUUGUCUUGCCUGAAAUGGCAUUUUCAGGCUAUUCAUUCAAAAGCAAAGACCACAUCAAGCCUUAUCUGGAAGAUGCGGAAACAGGAACGACUGUCCGAUGGGCAAAGCAACAAGCCGCCCGACUAAAUGCCUAUGUGAUGGUUGGCUAUCCCCAAAUAGUCAAAGGGAAUCCUGACAAGUAUUACAAUAGUGCAUGCUUUGUCGCCCCAUCUACCGAAGUUCUUGCGACAUAUCAAAAGCACUUUUUAUACGAAACCGACGAGAAAUGGGCAGAGGAAGGUCCAGGUUUCAUGUCGAUUGAUGUACCGGGCCUCGGAAAAGUUGGUCUUGGUAUCUGUAUGGACAUAAACCCUUAUCGUUUUGAAGCGCCUUUCACUGAUUUUGAGUUUGCAAAUUUUCAUCGCGAGCAACAGUCAAGCAUAAUACUAUGUUCAAUGGCGUGGUUAGUGAAAAAAGACGAAGAAGUGAGUGAAAGUGAUGGUGAUGAAAAUGAUCCUAGUACUGCAAAUGAUUUUGAUUCGAUUGAUGAGGACGAGUAUAAUAGCGUCAUGGAGGUUUGCAACUACUGGUGCAUGAGGUUAUUGCCAAUAUAUGAUGAUGCUUGGGCUAAUAAUAACCAGUCAAGUGAAGAAGACGUUAAGCAUAAUGGGAGGAACAAGAAAGACAAAAUUCAGGGAAGCAGCAAACUCGAGUCGUCUCAAAAAAUAAAGCGACCGGUAAUAUUAGUUGUUUGCAAUCGGGUUGGCACCGAAGAUGAAACUUUCUGUGGUACUAGCUCCGUGUUUGCAUUAUUGAACCAUCACCCAUUAGUUCUCGAUCACUUGCAAACUAAAGAAGAGAACGUCUUGAUCGUAAAAGAUGAAACCAUUGAGCAAGCGGCUAAAUUCUUGAAUCAAUAA